GGUUCUUAGACGCGGUGUGGUGAGUUGCUACUGUUGGAGGAAGUAAUCAGCGCCAGGUCGGAACCCGCAGGGAGGGCGGGGGUUGACUCCGGGCGGCUCCCGAGGACCCUGAGGAGGAAGAAAGAAUUGUUGCAUAUAUUGAAAUCAAGGUUCAGCUCUGGCUUUUCUGGAUCUGUGCUUCACCAAUAGAGGAACCCCAUGGAUUAUUAAUUAGUUCUUGCAGUUCUAGAACCAUGACUGAUGAUUCUUCUAGAACAUGAAGACACUCUGCCUUAGUCAUACAAAUUUCUUUACUUUUCCCUACCUGGCUUGGUGACUUUCAGGGAUGUGGCCAUCGACUUCUCUCAGGAGGAGUGGGAGUGCCUGGACCCUGCUCAGAGGGACUUGUACGUGGAUGUGAUGUUGGAGAACUAUAGUAACUUGGUGUCAUUGGAUUUGGAGUCAACAUAUGAGACCAAAAAUACAAUUUCAGAAAAAGACAUUUUUGAAAUAAAUUUUUUCCAAUGGGAGAUGAAGGAAAGAAGUAAAACUCUUGGCCUUGAGGCAUCCAUUUUACCACAGGGACAUCAAGAGGGAUACUUUAGUCAAAUGAUAAUUAGCUAUGGAAAAAUGCACACUAAUAGAAAAAGUAAAUCUUUUAGUGCACAUCAAAGAAUUCAUAAUAGAGAGAAACGCUAUGUUUGUAAAGAAUGUGGGAAGGCUUGUAGUCAUGGCUCAAAACUUGUUCAACAUGAGCGAACUCAUACAGCUGAAAAACACUUUGAAUGUAAACAAUGUGGGAAGGACUUUUUUAGUGCCUAUCAACUCACUGUGCAUCAGAGAUUUCAUACUGGUGAGAAACCCUACAGAUGUAAGAAAUGUGGGAAGACUUUUAGUUGGGGAUCUAGUCUUGUUAAACAUGAAAGAAUCCAUACUGGUGAGAAACCCUAUGAAUGUAAAGAAUGUGGGAAGGCCUUCAGUCGUGGCUAUCACCUCACUCAACAUCAGAAAAUCCAUAUUGGUGUUAAGUCUUAUGAAUGUAAGGAAUGUGGGAAGGCCUUUUUUUGGGGCUCAAGCCUUGCUAAACAUGAGAUAAUUCAUACAGGUGAGAAACCUUAUAAAUGUAAAGAAUGUGGGAAGGCCUUCAGUCGUGGCUAUCAACUUACUCAACAUCAAAAAAUCCAUACUGGAAAGAAGCCUUAUGAAUGUAAAGUAUGUGGAAAGGCUUUUUGUUGGGGCUAUCAACUUACUCGACAUCAGAUAUUUCAUACUGGCAAGAAACCCUAUGAAUGUAAAGAAUGUGGGAAGACCUUUAAUUGUGGCUCAAGUCUUGUUCAACAUGAGAGAAUCCAUACUGGUGAGAAACCCUAUGAAUGUAAAGAAUGUGGGAAGGCCUUCAGUCGUGGCUAUCACCUUACUCAACAUCAGAAAAUCCAUACUGGUGAGAAACCUUUUGAAUGUAAGGAGUGUGGGAAGGCCUUUAGUUGGGGUUCAAGCCUUGUUAAACAUGAGCGAGUCCAUACUGGUGAGAAAUCCUAUGAAUGUAAAGAAUGUGGGAAGGCCUUUGGUAGUGGCUAUCAACUUACUCGACAUCAGGUAUUUCAUACUGGCGAGAAGCCCUAUGAAUGUAAAGAAUGUGGGAAGACCUUUAAUUGUGGCUCAAGUCUUGUUCAACAUGAGAGAAUCCAUACUGGUGAGAAACCCUAUGAAUGUAAAGAAUGUGGGAAGGCCUUCAGUCGUGGCUAUCACCUCACUCAGCAUCAGAAAAUCCAUACCGGUGAGAAACCUUUUAAGUGUAAGGAGUGUGGGAAGGUCUUUAGUUGGGGUUCAAGCCUUGUUAAACAUGAGAGAAUCCAUACUGGUGGGAAAUCCUAUGAAUGUAAAGAAUGUGGGAAGGCCUUUGGUAGUGGCUCUCAACUUAGUGUUCAUCAGAGUUUUCAUACUGGUGAGAACCCUUAUCAGUGUAUGGAAUUUGGGAAGAACUUUAUUCAUGGCUCAAACCUUGUUCAACAUGAGAGAACUCCUAGUAAUGCUAAGCCUUAUGAAUAUAAAGGAUAUGGGGAAGCCUUUAUAUGGACAGCUUAUUCAAAUGAGACCAUAAAUACUGGUGAAAUUUUAUGAUUGAAGAGGUGAAAGAAAAAUGUUUAUGUGUAUAAACAACAUGAGGAAUCUUAAUCUUGAGAACACUUAUGAAUGUAUGGAAUGUGCAAAAAGCCUUACAUCUGUGUGGACAACUUGAUAUCAAAAAUUCAUACUAGUGAGAAAUACUUUGAAUAUAAGGAAUAUGAGAAGGCCUUAGAAUUUUAUACAGUCUUACUGAAUGUCAGUUUGUACUAAUGUGAAAUCAUUUAAAUGUAAGGAAUGUGUGAAGAUCUUUAUUCAUGGCACAAAAGUCUGGUAAACAUUGGGGAGUUUGUACUCAUUAGAAACACUUCAAGGAAUGUAGGAAGAACCAAAACCUAGUUCAGUUUUUGCUGUUCACAUUAGAGAACUCAUACUGCUGUGAAAUUUUAUGAAUAUAAGGAAUUUGGGAAGGCUUACAGAUAUGAUAAAUAUCUUACAGUACAUCAUAGAAUCCAUCCAAAUGAGUCUACGGCCAUACCACCCUGAAUGCGCCCAAUCUCGUCUGAUCUCGGAAGCUAAGCAGGGUCGGGCCUGGUUAGUACUUGGAUGGGAGAAUCCAUCCAAAUGAGAAACCCUUUAAAUUGGGAUGUAGGAAGGCCUCUAGACAAGUACUAUUAAAACUUGUCUAGAGACUAGUGCCAGCUCACGAAAUUGUUACGUGUCCCAUCAUGAAAUGAAUGAUGGAAAAUAAGAGUGGAAACUUAGAGCAAUUUCAUAUUGCCUUAACAUUAUCAUUGUAUUUUAUAAAAGUAUCAGCUCAUGAAUGAUUACAAGUUUAAAAGUUUGCCCUUUCUGGAAAGAAUUUGAGACAACAUUCAGUUUUUAAAACAUGAGACAAGUCACAAUAUAAUUUGAGUAAGAAAUGCUUUACUUGUCACCUGUGAUUGAAUAGCAGAAUAGUCACACUAUAGGAUUUGGCUAAGGUGUGAGUCACAACUUCCUUAAGCCUAUAAAGGCAUAAUUUAUAACAAAUAAUUUUCAUUUAAUGAAGGUAUAGAAGCCUUCCAGCACUAUUUGACCUUUGUUAAACUUUGGAGAAUUCAUCCUAGAGAAUAACCUUAUCAAAUGUAACAAAUGCAGGAGAUCUCUCACACAUGCCACAAACCAUACUUACAGUCCUCACCAUUCCGUCUCCUUACUACCUGUGGGAUGUUGGAGAAAAUGCUUAUCUCUUCUGGGCAUCAUCUUGAAAAUGUUGGUGAUGGUAACUAACAGUCCUGUUUCAAGAGACUGCAUGGAUUUAGUAUGCAUCAGAUCCUUUGAAGAGUAUCUCGAAUGUAGCCUACGCUCAAUACGUGUUUGCUGUUUUCUUAUUAUCUUCAUCAUUAGUAUUACUCCUGGUGAAUUCUUAGGAAAAGAAUGGACCUUGGUGUGAUGCAUUUUGAAAAGCUUCCAUAACCACUCAUCCAUUUGAGUUUCAGAUAGUUCAUUAUGGAUAAAAUCUAGAAAAGCACAAAGAAACUUGAGAGGAUUUUUAUUGAGUUUAUCCCUUAAGCUGCGUAAAAAAUGAAGGCUAAAAAGAAAUGAGGAUUAAGUAAAUGUUAAGAUGUUAAGUAGACAGGAAUAUACCCGUUGAAGAAUGAGGGAGAGGUGAAGCAAUUUGCCUUUAAUGAAUUCAAACAGAAGUAGCCAGUGAUUUAAAUUCUCUGCUCACAUUUUGAGAUAAAUUACAGAUUUAAAAGACACAAAAAAUUGUCCGUUUGGGAAUUCUUUCCCCAAAUUUUAUUAUGACAAAUUUCAGACACUCAGAAAAAUUUAAAGAGCAGUAUAAUAAACAUCCAUAUACUCUAUUUAGAAUCAGUAAUUACUAACAUUUGAUCAUAUUUGCUUUCUGUCUGAAAUUUAGGUAUGAAUAUGUACACUCACUCCCCAUUAUCUUAUGAUAUAUUCUUUCCUGAAUAUAUUAGCAUGCAUCUUUUAAGAAUAAGAACAUCCUUUAAUACCAUGGUCAUAGAAAAAAUUAUCAAUAAUUCUGUAAUAUUCUUCUAUAUUCACUUCAUAUGUCCCAAUACUCCCAAGGUAUCCUAUUGCUAUUUUCUAACCAGCAUCUUUUCUAUAUUCAGGCAUUGCAUUUUGUUAUCUUGUGUCUAGAUUUGAAUCUUUAAAAGACUUCUUGAAAUGUUAAGGAAAACUGUUUUGUAGAAUGCCAUGCAUUCUUAAUUUAUUUCUCCCGUCAUGGUGAGAUUUAAUUUGUGCUUCUAUCCUUUGUGUCUCUCAUAAAGUCAAGUUAGAGCCAGAGACCUAAACAUUUUUUGCAAAAAUGCACCAUAUUUGGUGAUACCUACUUCACAUUGCUAUAUACCAGAAACACAUAAUACCCAUUUUUCUCACUAUUGCUAAUGCUAAGUUUGGUCAUUUGGUUAAGACAGAGACUGCUAGAGCUCUCCAUUAAAAAGGUCCAUUAUAUGCUAGUAAGAUUGGUGAACCAAUCAACUACUUUUGAAAAUGUAGUCCUACCAUAUGUAUAUAUAAAUUCUGAAUUAAAGAGAAAAUUGAAACAAUUACAGAUUGUUGAAAAAAGAACGAUAGUUAAAUUGUAUAUCAGAAGUUGUAGAAUGUGCCUGAAGCUCUUUUCAGUGGAAAAUACCUUUUACUGUGUCUUGGAGAAAUCCAAGCUGCAUCUGGCCAGAUGGAAGGCCAGAACUAUGCCUUUUUUCCCCCCAGUAUCUACAUGGUCCCUGUCACCCUGGACUAUGAAGCUAGAAAAAUAAACCCUAAACCAAUAUACGGAAGCAACUUAACACAACUAAAAUUGUCCCAGAACUUCUGAAGUUCUGUCUCAAAAAUUACCAGUGCUGAGUAGUACAUGAGAAACUGGGAUUUUCUGGUUAAUGAGGCCUAUGAAAUAGAACCUACUAAAUCCCUUCUUAAGGAAAAAUCAGAAGCACCUUGUCAACUUAAGAAACUAAAAAGAGUAUUCUAGUGAAUGAAAUUUGCUUGACUUAAUUUAAACUGGUGGUCUCAAACUUUACCAGGGGAAUACUGGUUCCCAUUACCUAUUUCUGUCUUAGGGAUCUGAAACUGCGUUGAGGAAUGCUGCCAUAACUGGAAGGCCCUAACGUUGGAUAUUUCAGUCACUAAGUUUGAUUGUUAUAAUGGAAUGGUAGUUAGCAUCAUGCUCUCAAGGGAUGACCUUCUAAUGCUUUCUUUAAUUCCGGAGUAAAAAUCCUUGUAUCUAAGUUGAAAGGGCUCCUGAGUUAUCAGAUGUCAUUUCUUCAUCUCUUCCUGCAAUUGUAUAGUAUUUAAUUUGUUAAUAUGAUAAUUUAUAUUGACAGGUUGAUUUUCUCUCAUUGCUGGACAUACCCAGGUUACUUAUUGGUGUACGUAUGUAUUCUGGUGCACUGCUGGAUUUCAUUUGCUACUGUUUUAUUUAGAAUUUUUACAUCUCGUGAGUGUGAUUAUAUAAAAAUUUUAUUUUUGAGAUA